AAAGUUGAAAAUUAUCUAUCAAAGCUAAAAGAAAUUGUAGACUUGUUGUAGUACUCGGUCGAGUCAGUAGUUUAAGGUUAAUCUGGUCAUCAUGCAGUUCACUAUGUUCUUACUAUUACUGGCUCUUCUUUCUCUUGGAGUGGAAGCUGCAGUUCCAGAAGUUGUUAUGGGCCCGUCUCUUCUCAACGCUUUCUUAAACUCAACAGUGAACUUUACCUGCUCUGGCAGAGGCCCAAACUCAUCAUCCUUUAUUACUACCAUUCAAUGGCGAGUCAAUUCUGCUAUUCCACCAUCCGACGAGUUUCAGGUUGUGCAGGCAAAUACAAGCGAGAUCGGCUACGCUUUCUCUACACUUACCUUCACUGCAAAGCAGGAGCUCAACAAUAGCUUAAUACUCUGCACAGUAUUUGCCGUCAAUAAACUAACCUAUCAUAUUGAGAGAAUUGAUUCUCCUUUGGCUUACCUCAGGAUACAAGGUCUAUUAGCUCCAGUGACCAAUCUAACUUUAAACUAUGGACCCAACGUCUCUCUCCUCUCAUGGGUACCUUCUUUUUCCCUCGACGGACUUGACAUUGGAUACAAUGUCACCCUUAGCAAUAGUUCUCACGCCCACUCAUUCUCUCCCAGUAAUGUGAACGGUUUCAAUAUAAGCACCAGAGAGUUUCUCAGCCCUUGCUCUACCUACACGUUCACAGUGCAGCCUUGGAAUGGAGUAGGAGUGAGUCCUCCGUCUUCCUUGACUAAAUUCUUUUCUGGUGUACCCAAAGCUCCAAUGCUAAACUCUGUGCUGGUAUAUGACAUAGCAGAACAAAGUGAAGGAGACAUUGAAGCAUUGAUUCAUUUUCCAGUGACUUCCAGUUGUUUUACAAAUCAAAACAUCACGGCAAUUAGCAGCUCAUUAUCGAGCCAUUACCAAACAAUCCUCACUAUCCCCGAUAACAGCUCUCAAGUGGUUCUCUCCAUACAAGGUUUACCCCCGGAUAGGCUAAUCUCGCUCGAGCUUACUUUAAGCAAUAGGUUUGGAGGAGACAGUGUGGGAGGGAUUGUGCUAAGUACCUAUGACAUUCAGAAUGUUACUAUUAUUAACAGUACAAGUGAUGAAGGGAGGAUCUGCUUCCAGUGUUUAUUAUCAACCAACAGCUCAGCUCUGGGUUGUCACCUAGUGCUGACACCAGAUCAAACUAUUACAGGUCAAUGCUCAUUAGUACAGUCAGCAAACUUAUCAAUAAUUCCAUCGACUGACGAUCCACAAUCGUUCAUCAGCUGCAUAGCUGGCUUAUACUCGGGUACUUAUAGAGUCUCUGCUUACGAUAUUGAAUCUGAUGGAUCUCCCAGUGAUAAAAAGUCCCUCACUUUAACUGAUGUGGCUAUCAAAGGACUGUCAUGUCCUUCACCAACCGUCGUAGUGAGUACUAGCACUACCACAGAGUACAGUGUCACUAAUAGUCCAGAGACUGGUAGUGUGUCGGUGACAGUACUUGUACCAUCAAAUACUGGAGUGAAUGAUUCUGCUACAGUAAUAAGGACUGCUGGCAUACUAGUUGGAACAUUUGGUCUAGUGAUACUGAUUGCAGUAUCUGUACUAGUUGCUGUGUUUAUAUACAACAGAUGCCAUAGCAAAGGAGGAGUUCUUACAAUCACUUCCGAUAGAUCUCAGUCAGUGCCUAUGGACCACAGCAGCAACAGAAGAGCUACUGAAACUGCUAGAAGCAGCACAGUAGACACUGAUUCACCCGAACUGAUGACAGUACAUCCAUCAUACACGUCAGAAGUCAGAUCUAAAUAUUCACCACAGCUGGUUGCCACGGAGCCGGUUACCAUAGCAAUGACUCCUCCAAAAGAUAACGAAGGUGAUGAUGAUACUAUUAGCAAACCACCAUUGAACAAAAGGCAGAUAUUAGUCCUCCAGCAAGACAGUAAAGCCAGUAACAGUAGAUCCAGUUCAACUAGCAGCGGUAGUGCUGAGUCCUUUCCUCCAUUGAGAUACACUCGAUACGGCAGUGGAGAGUACGACCAUCUUACUGGCCAAGAAAACCAAGAGGCUACCACUGUACCGGGACAAGCUGCCGCUCAACUUGAUUCUAUAGUCAUCGAUUCUAAACCUUAUUAUAAAGAGAGUGAUAUAUUGUAAUGAGGAGUAAUGAAGAGUAGAGAUCUUCUUGCACUACCAGAACACAGCGUCUACACACACAUAUACUAUUAUUAUUAUUACUAUUAUUAUUAUUAUUAUUAUUAUUAUUAUUAUUAUUAUUAUUAUUAUUAUUAUUAUUAUUGUCAUUCAUCAAUCUCUCCUUUAAAGACUCUCAUUUCUUUCCAUUAUGUUGUCGUGUUGUUACUGUGCAACCUCCAUCA